AGCGAACACAAGACAUGCAAUGUAUACCACUUUAACCCUUUAGCGUGUAAGAUCAUGCUAUUAGAUCAUAAUAUGUUAUCAGAAUAUUAUUAACGGAACAUUCGAAUACUCAUGUAACAAUAACUACUGGUAAAUGAGAGCAACUGAGUUCUAGAACACUGACACAGAAUUCAACAUUGAACAACAUUCCAAAAAACCGACUAUUCAAAGGGUUAAAGGUGACGUUGCUUCCUCAUUUCCGCAACUUCCUGAAACAUUCUUUAAAUACAUCUUCUACAUAAGUGAUCUUGCGGCUCCGUGCAACAACGGGAUACCAGAGCCCGACUCCCGAACGCGCGCAGUCGUGCUCUAGGCUGGUCAAGAUUCCAGAAUGAAUCACUUUACUUUCAAAAUAGUACAUAGGCUAUACUGUAGUUUGAGAAUUUGCGGGGAUCUGCCCCAAUAGAAGUAUACCAUCAUAAAGACCAACUUGAAGCAUUCUGCACAGGCAUCUGAAAAUGGCUUUGUCUGCUGUGGAUGACCAGAAUUAUGAGGACUGGAUGUCAACACUCUCGCCAAAACUGUUGGACAUCCCCCUCUACAACCUUGCCAUUCCAGGCAGCCAUGAUGCUAUGAGCUAUUGCCUCGACAUCACUUCCCCUUUGGUGAGAUCUGAGUCAGACUCGUUCAGACUGGUGGACAAGUUCUUCUACUGCCUCACCCGUCCCAUCAUCUACAGAUGGGCAACAACACAGGAGAGAGAUGUUGUGGAACAGCUGAAGGAAGGAAUUCGAUACUUUGACCUCCGGAUUGCCUCCAAACAACAAGAUCCCUUCGACAAACUGUACUUCACUCACGUCAUCUACACGUCAUCGACAGUGCUGGAAACUCUGGAGAAAAUUGCAGCAUGGCUUGACUCCCACCCAAAGGAGGUUGUUAUUUUAGCAUGCAGCCAUUUUGAAGGCCUAAGUGAAGAGCGUCACGAGAGGUUCAUUUUUAAUUUGAAGAGGAUUUUUGGCCGAAAGCUCUGCCCACGUACGGGCGCUGACCUGACCCUGAGGGGUCUGUGGGGGUCGCGGUGCCAGGUCGUGCUGUCCUACGAUGACGACGCCGUCGCGAGUCACCCGGAACUCUGGCCAGGCAUUCCUUAUUGGUGGGCCAACAAGCGGACCGCGCCAGAAGUGGUUAGGUACCUGGACCAGCAGAAGGAGAAGGGACGGCCGGAGGAGUUUUUCGUGGCGGGUCUGAACCUGACGGCGGAAAGGCGCUACAUGGCGCUGCACAGUUCCCUGCGGAAGCUCACCCUGGAGAACCAGGCGUGUCUGAUGGACUGGCUGCAGCUCCAGAGCCCCGGCACGCGCUCCGACAGCCUCAACAUCAUCGCCGGAGACUUCGUGGGGACCGUCCCCUUCUGCGGCCUUGUGAUUGCACUCAACGAAAAACUGGCCCGGACUGCGUGCGCCGAGCCCGUCCCGUAAGCCCAGCGACUCCCGACCCUGUUCCUGUUAGGUUUGCACUGCAACCCCAACAGAGCACACCUCAUUCAACAGCUGGAUAUCUCAUCGAGCUGCUACUCAGGUGUGCCAAAUUAGGGUAGAACUCAAAACCUACCGGUUGGUAGAUAAUCCAGUAAUAGGGUUGGGAACCACUGCUGUAGACGGACCCUCAUUCUGUGUCUUACUAAGGACUGAAGAGCCUGCUUUCUGCUUAAUGUCCUAUAACGAAGGGUGGAUUUCUUUUGGGUGUUUUCAGGUUGUAUUCAGGCACUGGCACUCAGUAGAUUUUAUAGCUCGUUUUCCAUAUCUGCAGCUGAUUAACAUCUUGAUGAUGACAUGAUCUAUUCCAUUCCCACCUCUUAUCCAUUGCUGUUCAGAAAAAUCUGACUAUUCUGCUAGUUUCAGCACAGCUCAUCAUAAUGACCAGAAGAACAAUAUAUUUUAUCUAUGCAGCAAAUUGUGAGAUGCGUUUCUGCUCUUUUCAAUGUUGUAAUGUGGUAGAAAUCAAUGGAGUGGGUCAUAUUCCAAAAUUAAAACUACCUCUUAUGUGCACAUGUAUAGAAGACCACGGUCUAUGUAUUAAUAGCUGUUCUCGAACAGGUACCCUGCUCAAAGCGGGCUUGCCCCAGAGUUCCCUGGGUGUGUAUUUGGGUGGCCAGAAUAUAGCAGCAUAAACUGAAGUGUGCUUUACCCAUGUUUGCUGCCUCUCUGCGGUUUGUGGAUAUUUGAAUCCACCUCUUUAAAAUUCUCAAGAAAUCAAUGUUGAGAAGGUCAGUAAUAAAACACAGUAUAAGCACAAGGCAAAAGCAAUGAUCGAAAGCAUUUUAAUUUCUGCUCUUAAAUUCUGAAAUAUACAGCCAACGUCCAUCCACUUUGUAAACCGCUUACUCCUGUUCAGGGUUGACGGGGGGCUGGAGCCUAUCCCAGCAGACACUGGGUGAAAGGCAGAAAUGCACCUUACAAGUCCCCAGUCUACUGCGGUAGAGCCAAUGUAACCUCUCCUGAGGUCAGAGGUCAGAGGUCGUGGCAUGGUGAGGAUACGCACCAAAUCCAAACCACUUUGCAUGUGUUGCACACUUGCAUACUUGGCGGUACGCUCUCACCUGUGCAACUGGGAGUGCGCAAGGAAGCAUUUUAGGACACAGCCUAAGAUUUUUGGCUGUCUGCCAGUCCUGUAUUUGAAUACGGGUCUUCAGGAGAGGGCAGAUGCAGCGUUAAGUGUGUAUAACACAGUGCUUAUGGGUGGGACGAUCCCAACUGCUCCGCUGCAUUAUACCAGCACAGGGGUCACGCGGUGACCUGGAAGAGCUUCCUGUAGCGUCCGUACGCCGCAGCGCUGAUGAUGACCCUGACGGAGGCCACGUCCUCUGUUGCCUCUAUGCUCACCUCCUGAACGGUGCCAUUUUUAUACAGCCAGCUGUUGAGAGAUUCACACACACACACACACGCACGUACACAAAAAACGUGAGGUUUAGUUUAAGACUUACUGUGAAGCACUUUUGGCUGCAGUUCAUUGUAUGAAAUUGUGCUGUACAAAUAACAUAAGUUACGCUAUAGUUUAUUAAUAAUACUAAAUACUAUUACUAAUAAUAAUGAUAAUAUUGAUUUUGCACUUUUUGUUUAAUCAAACUGUUUACAACAAUUGUUUAAGAAUUAAACUAACGGUGUUGGUUUAAUACCGCAUGUGCCUGAAAAACCUGCCAGUAAGAACAAACUGUAUUUCUGUUUUUGAGUUGUACAUAUGAAAAGCCUUUUAAAAUGAAAAGCAGAAUAUUUUCAAUACUCACUGAAUUAAACAAAACACUUUAAACCUUA